AUGAACACUCUUCAGAUCGUCGAUGUUCGAUUCCAUGACAAGUCCUCCGAUGUUGCCAGUGACAUCCAGUCGCAGGUUAUCAGAGGAUUAAUGGCUGCUACGAAUGAGAAGACCUUGCCCACCCUGAUUCUAUACGACGAGCGCGGCUUGAGACUAUACGACCAUAUCACUACUAAAGCACCAGAAUAUUAUCUGUUCGGUGCGGAGGAGCAAAUUCUCCAAGACUACGCGGGCCAAAUUGUGGAUGUCAUGCACCAGCAUACUGGAGGUAUUGUUUCAGAAGAGGUCGUACUUGAGCUCGGGGCUGGCGCAUUGCGCAAGACUUCCCACAUUUUACAUGCGCUCACCAAUCUCAUCCCUGUCGUCCCACCUAUUUUACCCAUAACAUACUACGCGCUUGAUCUUGAAGAACGUGAGCUCAAGCGCACUUUGAUGGAACUUCACGAGUCUGCAGUUGGUUCUAUGCUUGUUGGCAAGAUAAAGGCGCAAGGCAUGCUUGGAACAUACGAUGAUGGACUCAAAUUCAUAGAAGAAGGUGGUCUUCAACAACCUAGGAUUGCAGACGACGCUUUGCCACUCUCGUUAGGGUUUUACAAGCUCGACAGCACUCGCCGGGACUUCUCCCUGGCCUCGACAGGAUCUUCUUUCCCUGAUUCGUCUGACACUGAGAUAACAUCUCCGUCUACACCAGGAAAUAUCCAGACCCCCUUACAUUUGCUCUUCCUCGGCUCCUCGUUAGGCAACUUCAAACGUGGAGAAGACGCCAAGUUUCUGCGGGCGUUGCCAUUGGAGCCCGGCAGGGAUACCCUUCUUCUUGGCUUGGACCAUGAUAAUGGUCGCAAGGAGAUUGAACUAGCAUACAACGACCCUCAAGGUUACACUCGAGAUUUUAUUUUGAAUGGGUUGAAGACCGCUGGGAGGGCACUCGGAGACGAGUCUAUGUUCGCGGAACAAAAUUGGGAAUAUGUGAACACCUACAACGAAUCCAAACGUUGUCAUGAAGCGUACUAUAGGUGCACUCGUACGCAUGACAUUAACCCCCCGAUGGCGCCCAGGCCGAUUCAAUUUUUGGAAGACGAACUUGUCAAUAUGGAAAUAUCGCACAAAUAUUCGGAAGCUGACAUAUACACGCUGUUCACUGAGGGCAAACUGCGGCCCAUCCAGCGAUGGACGGAUAACACGGGACGUUAUUCACUUUGGCUUUUAGAACGUCCGCCAUUCGCAUUUCCUUUACUAGACUCGCCAUCGGUGGUGCCUGACCAUACCACUAAGUUUGGUAUACCCUCGAUAGAAGACUGGAGCGACAUGUGGACUGCUUGGGACUUCGUCACGCUGCGGAUGAUACCUCCUGCAAUGCUAUUCCAGAAGCCGAUUGAUUUGAGGCACAUCUGUCUGUUCUAUCUCGGUCACAUUCCAACCUUUCUUGACAUCCACUUAUCUCGUCUUCUUGACGAACCUCAUACCGAACCUCAGGAAUUCAAGUACAUUUUCGAGAGAGGCAUCGACCCCAAUGUUGACGACCCAACCCAAUGCAACCAUCCUCAUUCAGUGGUUCCCACAAAGGAUGACGAUUGGCCAUCACUCCGUAGUAUUCUGGCCUUCAGGAAUCGUGUCAGGGAGCGCCUUAGGAAGGUUUAUAGCGAUAUUGCUGGGGGCAAGAUCUCCUUGACUAGGAAGGUGGCUCGCGUCCUGUUCAUGACGUUCGAGCAUGAAGGUUUGCAUAUCGAGACGCUCUUGUAUAUGCUAGUUCAGUGCGCAGGGACGGGAACGAUUCCUCCACCCGACUUUUCUCCUCCCCACUGGGAGUUUCUUGCAGCGCAAUGGCAAAGGGCACCCAAACCUGCUGUGGCAACCGUUGAAAUAGGUCCUUCAACUGUCACGCUUGGCAUUAACGACAUUGAAGCAGAAGACACCGAUCCUGCGAAACGCUGCGAUGUUGCUGGUCAUAUCUUUGGGUGGGACAAUGAAAGCCCAACUAGACAGGUCGAAGUCAAAGCAUUCCGUAUUGAGUGGCGGCCCGUGACGAAUGGAGACUUUUACAAGUAUUACAAGGGUGUCGGACAAGGUAGAGUUAAGUUCCCCGCGAGCUGGGAGGAUCGUAAUGGAGAAACCUCUUCCGCGUUUAAUCUCAACACACUGCAGGUGCGAACACUAUAUGGUCCAGUUCCCAUAAAGAUCGCCUGGGACUGGCCAAUCCUUACUUGCUACGAGAAUCUUUCAGUGUAUGCGAGUGUCAAGGGCGGACGCAUCCCGACUGAACCAGAAUUGAGACUCUUCCUUCACAAAUUCUCCUCUGGGUAUGAAGAGGGCGCCAAUGUCGGAUUUAGGAACUGGCAUCCCGUCCCGGCUACUACCGGUGGAAGCAAGCACGGUGGGAAGGGACAUAAUGGAGGGGUGUGGGAGUGGACUUCCACCAUCUUUGACAAGUACGAUGGCUUUGUGGCGUCGACGUUGUAUUCCGCUGAUUUCUUCGAUGAAUCUCAUAAUGUGGUGAUUGGAGGAUCAUACGCGACAAUUCCUCGUAUUUCUGAAAGGAGGAGUGUACGCAACUGGUACCAACGGAAUUACCCCUACUGUUGGACGAGCGCAAGAAUCACUUACGAUGUGUGA